UUGCUCCUUUCCGUAGUUUGUCACUUGGUGCGUCUGUCAUUGUGAUAGUUUUUUGAAUCGUUUUUUUGAAGACCGGUUACCUUGAAAUCCGAAAAUGCAUCCAAAUUCGCGAAUUGAGAUCUAUUCUGUAUUUUUGGUUGUGUUGCUGGUACACGCAGCAACAGCUUGCAGAAGAACCGGUACGGGUGAUACUGAAACUUCUGCCUACAGUCGUAUGCCACGCGUGUUCCACUAUGAAGACAAACUUCAGUGUCUCCAUGAAGAUCCCAGUAAUGUGUACUGCAUAUCUAGAACAUUGAUAAAGCCGGACAGAUCUUCUGAAAACUGGAAUCUCAUCGAGGAAAAUUCUGCCCAAUGUACGGACUUACAACGAUACGUACUGGAUCGCGGUUUCUGCAUAAAAAACUGUAAAACAUUGAUGAACAGCAUGACACAACAGGAGCUGAAACAAUAUGAUCAUGAACCAGUUGAGGUCGAUAUUCCGCAUACCUAUGACUCCAGCUACAUUCCCAACAUGGGCAGAUACAGACAGAAAUACAAUCAGUUGACCAACAUCUGCCACAACUACCAUCUUCGCCAUAGCUACAAUUUGUCUGGUUAUUCAUUCAUUGAGCAUUGCAUGAGCGCAGAUGAUCUAAGAAAACCCAUGACCUUGUUCCACAUACUCUUUGUUGCCCUUUCCAGCAUCAUUAUCUUCCUGGUGAUUCGCGCCACAUAUUAUGAUACGAUGGGUGUUCGCAGCCAGAACAACAACCAAGCUGCGGCUAAGGAUCAUAUUUGGAUGGAGUUCUCACUAAAGCGGAGUAUUCGUCGUUUAUUCGACACGCCGCAAACUACGCUACAUCGAGACUUCGCGUUCGUGGAAUCGGUUCGGGUCAUUUCGGUACUACUAAUCACUGCUGUUCACGUGCUAUUGGCGUUCGGAGCAAGUCCGAUGGAGAAUCCAGAAUAUAUGGAGCUGCUUUUCCGGAAUCCAUUGAUGCGCAUGGUUUCAGCAGUGUUUCCAUUCUUGGUGCAUACGUUCUUCACCAUCGGUGGAAUGUUGCUUUCGGUUCAAUUUCUGGUCUUUUUGGAAUCAGGUCCGAAGUUUCGUUGGCAGUAUUUCUUCAAGAGGGUGGCUUAUCGAUACCUACGGCUAUUCCCAGUUUACUUUAUCAUGUGGCUGUACCAAGUUUCAUGGAUUGAUAGGUUGGGAGAUGGAGCAACCGUGCACUCGCUGGUAGGCGUUGAAAUGCAAAUGUGCAAAGAUAACGGAUGGUUGAACUUCCUGUUUAUAAACAACUAUUAUAAAUUUGAUAAAGUGUGCAUGUUGCAAACUUGGUAUUUGUCGGCAGAUUUUCAAUUUUAUUGUAUUGGGAUACUUCUCAUGAUGAUCUUAUGGCGGUUUCCACGAUCCUUCAAGCUGAUGAUUUACGCAAUGAUGUCCAUUUCGAUUAUCGCUCCCAUAGUUAAUAACUAUGUCAACAAUUUUGUUGGAGUAGUCUUGUCCGACUUCAAGCAGCUUCGCUUCAUGCUAUUCUUCUUCCGAUGGGCCAGGCAUGACUACAUUUUGCCCCAUCCACACACUUGCAGUUAUUUUUCCGGAAUAAUAGCAGGAAUUGCCUACCAUCGGUUCCGAAAGGACCCUCAGUACCUCGAACGACUCCGAGCUUAUCUGGUUUUGAAACGGCUUGCUCCGCUUAUGGUUUUGCUGCUGUCGGCUCCGGCAACGUUCUUCUACAACAUCAAACCAGCGGAAGUUCCGCUUUGGAUGGCAUUCUACGCAUCCGCUCAUCGGAAUUUCUUUGGAAUCAUGUGUGGCGUGGGGCUUCUAUAUGGGGCAACGGAUGGAAGCGUGAGGCUUCCCGCCAUUAUGCGGCAUCCAACUAUGUUGGCCGUUGGGAGGUUAUCGUUCAGCGUAUACCUAGCACAGUUCAAUGCCAUUCGUUACGUCUUUAUGGAUGUUAAAGUGUAUGGCUUCUAUCUGAACGUAAUCAAUUAUUUGUAUUCGUUUACUUUGAGUUAUGUGCUAUCUUACGCAGCCGGACUGUUGUUAUGUGCUACAAUUGAAUUACCAAUGGCAGCUGUUAUUAAACGAUUCCAAGGCUCUAAGAACACGAUAAAUAACGAUGACUUCAAGAAAUAUGAUAGCGGUAACGUGAAAAUAAAGAAUUUGUAGAAUUAAAGCCUGCAUUUGUAGGGGACAC